AAAGCUUCUUACAUUGUCAUGCGAAAAUGAUUUCUCGUGGAUAUGCAACGGACACUCAGUCGAAAUCCUCCGAUAUCGCCGCCGCCGUACUCGCCGCCUCGUCGCCGCUGCAGAUCCUCGCUGCGUGCGACGCCGUUGAGUCGUUUCUACACAAGCAUACAGCUGAACAGACCCGAUGGUUCUUCUCCAUCACUUUCCCAACCCUAAUUUGUAAAAUUUUCGGCUUCGAUGAAUCUUCUUCUGCUUCAGCUGCUGUCAAGUCUAUGUCUCCUUCUAGAUGGAUAGAUAUCGCCGCUUUAUCCAAUGAUACUCAGCUCGCAGGUAGAAUUUUCAGCUUAUUAUCGUCCACUGGUGUGUUGCUAUCUUCUAUUGUAGCUGCAGAUGGGCUGUCUCUGGUUAAAUAUGUAUUUCCUGUAGAAAGGUUACCCGAAUGGGUUCGUUAUAUGCUUCAAAAUGAGAGAGAUUCUUUGGUUUUGUGUUUGUGCCCGUUGUUCAAAAAUAGGUUGAAGGAGGACUCAGUUAAGGGUUCUUCAUUUCAGGUUCAGUUGAAUGUGUUUGAGUAUUACAUGUUCUGGUUUGUCUAUUACCCUGUUUGUCGAGGUAACAGUGAGGGCCCUCAAACUGUAAGUGUUAGGAGAAGCAGAAGGUUUAGAUUGGAGAAUUGGGCUUAUUCGAUUCCAGGUUUGUCAAGCACCAAAUGUGGGAUGGAGCAGAAGAAUGAGGGCGAUUUGUAUAUGCGUCUCUUGUAUGCAUAUCUCCAUGCAUAUGUGCCUGUAGCUGAUAUGAAGGCACAUCAACCAUAUAUGAGCUCACUGCUUCACUACUCUUUUUCCUAUGGGACUCCAAUUGUUGAAAAAGCAGAGUUCUUGGUUAACACUCUCAUACAUUUUUGGUUAGUUGAUAAUGAUUUCUCACCAUUGCCUGUGAAUUUGUGCAAAUCAUUUGGGGUGACAUUCCCUUUUCGGUCAGUAGUGGGUGAGAUUCCUCCUACUUCAGGAUUAGGUGAAGUAGUAAAUGUGUUUGUCAAAUAUCUGAAUCUAAAUUCGAUUGCAUCAAGUGAUAGAACUGACCAGGUUGACUACACUGAAAGUCCUAAGUGGAAAGUUGGGGGGACAUUCAAUGCUUCUCAGUCAAGAAAUGCUGUUCCCGUCGUGGAUUCUGGUAAUUCUUGGAACUCGUGGAUUCAGAGGCAAUUAUACAGAUUUAUAUUGAGGACAUUCCUGUAUUGUCCAAUGGAAAGUUCUAUUAAGAAUGCAUCUCAGGUGUUCACCUUGUGGGUUAGUUACCUGGAGCCCUGGUCUAUUUCUAUGGAAGAAUUUGCAGAACUUAAUGCGGAUCUGGGGAAGUCUAAUAGAGGUACAUUAAAGGAGGUUACCCCGUCAAUGCCACAUGGUUGUACCUCUUCUUGGCAAGUUUUUGUAUUAGCUAACUACUUAUACUACAGCUCUUUGGUCAUGCAUUUUAUUGGUUUUGCCCACAAGUUCCUUCACACAGAUCCGGAAGUGAUAGUCAAGAUGGUUUCAAAAGUGAUAACAAUAUUAACCUCAUCUGCAGAACUGAUGGACCUCAUAAAAAAUGUGGAUAUUGUAUUCCAUUCGAAACCAGCUGGAUCAUCUAAAUCAAUGCUUAAUGCUUUGCCUAGAUAUGCUCCUGCUAUUUGUGAGCAAUAACAGCCUUGGCAGGACUAGUUGUAUUAGCUUUUCUCUGUAAAAUUACCACUUCUCGACGCCCAGUUAACCGGAAGCUACCACCGGGUCCAAAACCAUGGCCCAUCAUUGGCAAUUUGAACCUACUUGGUCCUAUCCCAC